GACUAACCCAACCUCCGGCAGGCUCCCAAAACUUGCACUUUCAAAUACUAGUCCCCUAGGUCAGGCAUAUCUUAGACAAAGGUCCUACUAAGGUAAAGCUGUGAUGCAUAGGACGCUAUCAACAGUCGCGCGUGGAACAGCGUUCGAGCAACGGUCGCUUCAAUUACUUCAAGAAUGUUUCUCCAUGUCCCUCAAACGCGUCGGUGGCAAAUCUGAUGGCGGCAUCGACUUGCUGGGCUGGUGGUGGCUUCCCCUUAGCUCAGUUUCCCAGCCUACCCCGAUUACACCCCCACGUAGACGCAUACGCGUCCUUGCGCAAUGUAAAGCAGAGAAGAAGAAGUUCUCGCCAAAUUACGUUCGCGAGAUGGAAGGCGUAUGGCAUAUGCACGCUCAAGACCGCUCCCCUUCCGAAUCUAAUGUACGCGUGUCUGAACUGGGUACAGUAGCACUCCUCCUUUCAGAGUCAAAAUUUACCACCGCAACCCUCACUCGUGUACUCGGAUCCAGCGUUCCCUUUCUACUCGUGCACCUCCCUCCCCCUCCACCAAUUUCUUCAGAUUCACCCGUUGAAACCUCCUUCGGAGAAGUUGGCUCUGCUUUCUGGAAUCCUGCUCUCGG